UCUGACAGGUCACGUCAGUGUGAAGAAGAGGGUGCGGCCUGAGGACCCAUCAGCAGAACGUCAGCACCCCUUCCUCAGGUCAGGGACGAAGGGAAACGGGACUCCCUGUCAGCAACUGCAUUGAUCUUAGCCGUCCCCAUUUCCCUUCCCCGAGUUGCCGGCUGUCUGGCCUGGUGGGGGAGGAGGCAGGCAACCUGAGAGGAGCCGCAUCGAUCCGAGCCCAUCCAUCACACAGGAGGCAUGGCCGUGCCGCAGGAGAACCUACCCAGAUGUGGCUGAUGGGCUGGGGCUUAAGAGGGACGGGCCUCCCCGCGGCUCUACACCAGCGGGCCGCCCUGCACUUCCCCCGCCCCCCCCCUUCGUCCUCUUGUCGGUACACUGGAGCCCAGAGGGAGCACAUGAAUACAGAGCGAGAGCGGGGAGACUAGGGUUUAACCGGUGGUGAAGACAAGCCUGUACUAUGUGUGUGUGCAUGCGCGUGCGUGCAGGUGCGUGUUCGUUCUGGGGAUUAGGGGAAGACGCUGCCUCGUCCACCAGAACAUCCGUGGUCUGCUGCGACUGCUUAUGCUGUUGUUGGCCUGUAGGGCCUGGGGAGUGAAGAGUGAGGAUUCUGAAUGAUGCUCUUGGAAGUGGGUGGGAGUGGUGUAAUUGCCCGUUGAAUCGAUCUGUUCCUGGUCCCUUCGCCUGCCCAGCCCGGCUGAUGUUGCUCUGCCUCAGUCUGGCCAUGGAGUCCAACCAGGAUGGGGAGAAGUGGAUGGAGGAGGAGAAUGGAGAAAAGUGGAUGGAGGACCAGUGGGAGAAAUGGCUGACUCAUGACAUCAGCCUAGAAGAGUUUGAGGACGAGGAUCUCUCUCAGAUCACUGAGAUCACUGACGAGGCUGGAGCUAGCCUCAACUAUGACGACCUAGACUCCCAGGAUCAUGUGACGUGGCCAGCCAGUAGCGAGGCAGGGAAGGCAGAUGGGCGUGGGUUCAGGGAGGUGCAGGCGCAGAUGCUCCACUUGGACCUGAUCGAUGCUGAGGAGGAGAUCCAGGAGGAAGAGGAGCACUGGGGCCUUAUCCAUGGUUCCUACGACGACCGCAGGCUCAACCGGGAAGAGACGGGGGCCGUCAUUCUAACGCCUGUCGGACACAAACAGGCCAAUGUGAUAGAGUCGGAAUCUGCUGAACAGCCGGUCGCUAUGGAUACGUACAGGCCCAAGAGACCCACCACCCUCGCGCUGUUUCCACAGGUGCAGCCUCCACAGCCUCCCAGGACUCAGGACAAGGACACCAUUAACAACAACUCGUUUGGCAAGAAGGACACAUGGAAGGAGAAUUUGUCCAACUCAAACUCCUCCUCCCCCCACAUAACAGGGGAUCUGACGCCCACCAAUGAGCAGGUGAACGAUGAGGCUAAAGUCCAGCAGCACAACGGCGAAGUCUCAGUGGCCAAACAAGCACAGCAGAGAGGCCAGAGCACGGGACAAGAGCGGGCUGCCAGGCCCUACAGCAAGGACUACUCCACGUUCAUCUCCCACGGCGCUGCGGAGACACGGGGUCGGCAGCGAGACUCCGGGCAGCGUGAGAAGAAGGCCUCCGCGCCGCCACACAACUCCACAGCCAAGCCCAAAGCGGGCGGCAUGAGAGACACGGCCGCGGAUGGGGGCGGGUCCCGAGGAGGGCAGGGGCGAGGUCGGGGGUCCUGUCGCGACGAGGAGCGCCAGCCGGAGGCCACAGAGGAGAUCUACCUGACCCCGGUACACCAGAAGGUCCCUGACGCUGACCGCCAAGACAAUAGCCGUGACCGGCCCUUCCUGUCUCAGAGCAGCGAGGGCAACCGCAUGUCCAUUGGCUCCGACACGGAGGGACCCCCGGCUUACUCCAACGCCGCCUACCCCGACCGAACGAACCCCUCCAUCAGCGAGGAGGACGAGGUCUACCUGCGUCCCCCUGCACCUCCUCCGCGUUCCUCCUCGUCGUCCUCCUCCUCCUCACGCCUUAGACCGUCUGUCAAUGAGCGAGGGAACCGGGACAAGGGCUCGAAGGGGGGGUCGGGGGGGGUCGGGACGGCUCUGCGGACUGCACACACUCAGAGGUCGGAGGCCGACGGCCUCUCGUAUGACUCAGUCAAGUACACCUUGGUGGUGGACGAGCACGCCAAGCUGGAGCUGGUGAGUUUGAAGCAGUGUUACCAGGCCUACAGCGACGACAGUGACACGGAGACGGUGUAUGAGUCAGCCAAUGAGGAGGAGGACUACGAGGUGGACCGCAGUGAACUGAAAAGGGGACGGAAGGCGUCAUCACGCCUGUCGAGGGCGUCGUCUUCCUCUGAGGCCGGCGGGGUAGAAAGGGGACCUCGGACACGCAAGUUCCUAAAUGUGUUUGUGAACGGACAUCUACGCUCCUCGGGUGCUGAGUCCUUUGGACUGUUCUCCUGCGUGUUAGAUGGAGUAGAGCACGAGCAGAGCCACAGAGCUGUGUUCCGGUUCGUCCCUCGCCACGACGAUGAACUGGAGCUGGAGGUGGAUGACCCGCUGCUGAUGGAAGUGCAGUCGGAUGACUUGUGGUGUAAGGCCUACAACAUGAGGACCGGGGCCAGCGGCAUCUUCCCCGCCUACUACGCCGCCAAGGUCACACAGGAACACAGCAAAGAUCACACAGGCGACUGGGUUGACAGAUUCCGCGUCAAGUUCCUAGGCUCUGUCAGCGUACCCUAUCACAAAGGCAACGACGUGCUCUGUGCGGCUAUGCAAAAGAUUGCUGCCAACCGGCGAAUGACCAUGCAGCCUCCGUCUGCUUGCAUUGUGGAGAUCAACAUGAAGGGGGUGAAGAUCAUAGUGCAAGAUGAAUGCCGGACCUCAGAAAGAGGGGACAGGUGCUUUCACUUUUUCCAGCUUAAGAACAUCUCCUUUUGUGGCUGUCACCCAAAACAUAACAAGUAUUUUGGAUUCAUUACUAAACAUCCAGACCAUCAGAGGUUUGCUUGCCAUGUUUUCAUGUCAGAUGACUCCAUGAUGCCUCUGGCUGAAUCUGUUGGGAAAGCCUUCAAACUGUACUACAAGGAAACCGUGGGAUACUCAUGUCCGACAGAGGACAUCUUUAUUGAAUAAACUUCUCUCAAAAGCAUAUUUCUCCAAUAAUGUGUCAUUAUGAAACAACUUGCAUGAUGAGUUUUAAACUGCAUUGAAUAGUGACACUUUGGCCGCCUCCUAAAAUAAAUGUUUACAUUAUGCCUGUAAACAAAACUUUUUGUUACAUUACCCUGCCACACUGUUCUACUUGGUGCAGCUUUAAAUUUUCCUUCAUGUUUUCACAGCACAAACGUGUCAACAGAAAUAAACGUGUAUCGUUUAGAAUUCUAUCCAAAAGCUCAUACUUCGCACAAAGAUUCAUGGCCGAAUGUUCAGUACUGUUUCCUGUGCUGCCAAAUUAACCACAGACACAGAGUAGUUACAAAUUGUUUAUUUUACAUUUUAUUUUACAUUUAUCUUAUUCAGAGAAGCUUAAAGGAGCAUUUAGGGUUAGCAUUCUUGCUUAAGGACAGAUUGACAGAGGUUUUAGCCUUUUCGGCUCAGGGAUUCAAUCUGGCAAGUUUUUGGUUACUGUAUAACUCAAUUCCAUUUAAAUUCCUGUUAAUUCAAAAAGUAAAACAAAUGUUCAUUCCAAUUCAAGUUGUUCUUCAUUUCAAAAGUCUAGGAAAUAGUUGAAUUGAAAUUUCAGUGUAUGUCCUAAAUUGCCUGAAAUUUAAAUGGAAUUAACCCCCACCCUGGUCAUAUGCUCAAACCACUAUCUGUGGCCCUUGAUAUUAUAUAUGUAAUUGAGAUCUAUUGGUUAAAUUCAACAUCACAGGUAGAAUCAAGACAGCAUUUGUUUCUCUAUAUCUGGCUUUACAAAAGCUUUUCCAAAUGAUAUGAUAUCGCUAUGUCAAGUGCAAAUCAUGUCUUUGUACAGAGGUAACAGAUGAGUGUCUGUGUCCUUGGACUGCUUCAAAUCACACUGUUUGACUUCAGAUUCAGUUGGUAUGUAUGCAUCUUGAAGAGUUUAUUCAUUGAUUAUUGGUCCCCAUCGCACCACAAUUGGGUGUAAAUGAGAUCCAAUUGGUCCACAUUGCAUUCUCACCAAUUAACUCAAAAAAACAACUAGGGCCCAUUAUCUGUCUGCCAAUACCAAAAAGGUGAUUUACAUUGUACCAUGUUAAGGGGAAUUUAAUUCAAGAAUGAAUUUCUAUUGGUGGGUAACCAGGUGUAAGUAAGGAUGUUUCCUAUAUUAUUGAAUCCUGCCCACAUUCUAAGGGCUCAAUUUAAUCAAACCCACUUUUUGCCCACUUUAUCCAUUGGUCAAAUUAACUGUGGUCCGUGGUACUACAGCUAUUAUCCCCCCCCCCUCCCCCCCCCCCCCACACACACACACACACACAGCUAUGCCUUCACCAUUCAGAAUUAGAAACAUCUGGACACAGAGGAAUAUUGUAAAUAAAGAGUGUCAACAUUGCUAUUGUGGGGUUUGAUGAAUUCCAGACUAUAUUUAGAACACUAACUGAUAGACCCUUGAAAAUGACAAUCUGUAGCCACAAAGUAUCAAGUAUUAAUUAUUCUUACUACUGUAACUUGGAAACAACACGGUUGGCCAAAAAUUGUAAAGUGGAAUUACUGUAUAAGGAGUAGUAAAGGUAUGAUCUCGGAAUCACCAUGGUCUUUCCACUUUAAAUGUAAUCUGGAAGGCACAUGUUCUAAAAAUCAUAUAUUCAAACCACAUAUAGUGCCUAUUUUCUAACUAUUGUGAUUACUGUAUACAGUACGUAUUUCCAUUUUAUUUGUUCUCCUGGCACUGUGGGACAGAUGUACACCUGUACAAUAUAAAUAUGUUGUUUGUAAAUUUUAUGUCCUACAGAAUGUUUGAUCAAACCCAACAUGUAUUGCAUGAUAUCAAUGUCAAACAAAACAAUGUAGAGAAAGAGACACAUUGUCAAUUAUUGUCAUUAAAAGUGAAGGUGUUUACAUCCUCUC